GGCCUAGGCCUCAGGCCUUUGGGGGCAGACUUCAUGGGUUGUCAUGGUAACAGUGCAGGGUUCUAGGCUUCCUGUGUUGGGGGGGGUAGGCAGGGGUUGCUAUGGUAACAGUUGUCCAGGUUGGGGCCAAAGGGCGGGGUGUACUCAGAGGGGUCUCCAUGGUAAUGGGGUGGUCUAGACCUCACGGAGGGGCAGAAAUGUAGGGGCUACCGCAGUAAGUAGGGUGAGGGGAGGUAGUCGGUGGUUGCCAUGGUAACAGUGGUGGGGGGCCUUCCUCUGCUUGAAGUGUGUGGGGGGGGGCGUGCUUGAAAGUUGCCAUGGUGACAGAGCUGUGCCCCACCCCCCCAGGUGCAGACCCUGGAGGAGCUGGCGCCCUCCAGGCCAGACUCGCCCCUCAGCCCCAGGCCGGGGGGGGCACGGGGGCAGUUCCUGCGCCUGGCGGACGGCGCCCUCCUCACCUGCCUCAUGGGGGUCAUAGACCCACCCCCCCGGGGUGCCUGCCCCCCCCCACUGCCAGGCGGCGACGAGACGCGGAGGCACCAAACCCUGCAGGCGCUGCUGGCCCGACUUCAGGCCUUCUACCAGGACGACCUCCAGCAGCUAUUGGUGCUGAGCCCCCCUAAUGUACAGCUCCUGGCCCGAGACCCCCUGACAGAGCAGGGCAUUGAGGAAAUGAAGAAGCUGCUGUGCCUGAUGCUAGGGGCUGCUGUGCAGUGUGAGCAGAAGGCUGAGGUCAUCAGGAGGAUCCAGGGCCUGGAUCUGGAGACCCAGGCCGCACUGGCAGAGGCCAUCCAGGAGGUGACCCAGGAGCCAGGGGCAGUGCUGAGCUGGCAGGUGGGGGCCUUCCCCGAGCUGUCCCCUCUGGAACUGGGCCAGCGCCUACAGAACCUGUGUACCCAGCUGCAGCGGCUGGUGGGGGAGCGUGAUGCUGCCCUUCAGCGGCUCUGGGAACUGGAGCUGGAACAGGUGGCUGCCCACCCUACAGCUGCCCCAGCCCCUGAUCCGUCCCGGUACCUGGGGGUGCAGCUGGCCGAUGCCCGGGCCCAGGUCCGGCGCCUGCAGCAGGAGCUCGUGGAGCAGGCCGAGGAGCUGCUGGACCAGCGGCAGGAGCUGCAGGAGCGUGAGGCUGAACUGGGACGGCUGAGGGAUGAGCUGCGGGUGGUGGGGGCACUGGCAGCGCAGGCCAUGCGGUACCGGGACGAGGUGGACGUACUGCAGGAGGCAUCAGGCCGGGCUGGGCGGCUGCAGGCAGAGCUGGCGGCAUUGAGGGAUCGGUUGCCUGCGCUUGAGAGAGACCGGGCACAGCUCCAGGAGGAGCAGGCUUUCUCGGCGGCGUUGCUCGAUUCCAAGGAGCAGCUGGAGGCGCAGCUGGAGGAGGUCUGUGCCCAUGCCCAGCGCCUGGCCCCACUUCAGCGCCAGCUUGGGCAGCUCCGUGCUCAGCUCCAGCGCACACAGGAGGAGCGGAACCAGGCCCAGCAGCGCUUGGAGGAGUUAGAGCUGCAGAGGGAGGGGGGGCCACAGCCAGGAUCCCCCCACCCUGGGGCCCCUUUGGAUCUGCCCUGGGAGGAGGAACCCGAGCCCGAUGACGUUGCCAGCAAGGAUCUCUCUGAAAGCCCCCCGCUGCCCCUGAGCCAGGAGUUGGGGGAGGCAGGGGCCGGACGCCUGCCUGCCCUGGAACGUGAGAAUCAAGUCCUCCGGCGCCGCCUACAAGAGGCGCUACAAGCCUCCAUGGGACCCAGGAGUCCAGGGCCAGAGCUGGAGAAGGAAGCCCCCCAACAAGAGGGGCAGCAGCUGGUGGUGGUGACCCCCCCAGGCCUCACAGAGCUGGGAGACAUGGGGCAGAAGGAUGGGCCCCCCCAGGCCCAGGAGAAGAAGGAGCAGGGGGAGGCAGUGGCAGUGGACUCUCCCCGGCUGCGCCAGGCUGAGGACCAUGCACGGGCUCUGACCAAAGCCCUGGCCCAGCUGGAAGCUGUCCACGCUGAGGCCCUGGAGGAGCUGGCGAGGUCGCAGGCCGCGCGGGACCGGCUGGAGGGGCAGCUGCUGGAGUUGCGGCAGGAGCUGGAGGCGCAGGGGCUGGAGGCCCUGGUGUUGAAGGGGCGCCGUGACGAGGUGCAGCUAGUGUGGGGGUCGCGGCUGGCGGAGGCUGAGGAGGGGCUGGCUGCAGCCCGGCAGGAGCUUGAAGGGCUGCGCCAGGCCCAUGUGGCUGCCCAGACCCGGCUGCAGGCGACUGAGGAAGAGGCCAAGAGGCUACGAGGGCUGGAGGCCGAGGCGGGCAGCCUGCGGGAGCAGCUGGAGGGGCAGCGGCGCCAGGCCGAGGCUUUGCGGGAGGAGCUGGGGGCAAUGCGGCGCCGGGGGCAGGAGCAGGCGCAGGCCGGGGCGCGGCUAGAGGAGCAGUUGGCACAGGUGGAGGAGGAGGCACGGAGCCUGCGGGACCAGCUGGGUGCCCGCCAGAGGCAAUGCGAGGAGCUGGAGCAGCGCCUGGAGGGGCUUCAGGCCCAGCCAUCCCCUGGCCUGGAUGUAGAGCCCCUCAGUCCCCCCAGAGACCCCCCCCCCCAGGUCCUGAGCCCCAUGGGAGAGCAGCCCCUCAAGCCCCCAACUUGGGAGGGAGGGGCAGAGGCCGAGGGCCAGGGGGCCAACAAGUCAGGGGGCCACAUGCCUGAGAUGGAGACCAGUACCACAGGGCAGCUGGAGGGGCAGCACAACAGUCUGCAGGAAGAAAAUGCCAGGCUGCAUGCCCAGGUGGCUGAGCUCCAGGGGCGCAUGGCAGGGCUGGUGGCAGAGGCGGGAGCAGCACGGCGGGCGAGGGACGCAUGGCGUGGGCGGCAUGAGGGGCUGCGGCGGGAGCAGGCUGGGCUGGCGCGGCUCCACGAACAGCAGGGCGCCCGCCUUGAAGCACUACUGAGCCGCCAGGCCACCCUCCAGGCUGCACUGCGGGCCCUGCGCCUUGAGCACCGCCAGCUGCAGGACAAGCAGGCGGCGCUGGAGGGGAGCCCGGAGCUCAAGGAGCAGCUGGAGGCAGCUGAACGGGACCGGCAGAGCCUGGCCCAGGAGCGGGGCCGGCUUGAGGAGCAGCUCGACCGGGCACAGACAGAGCUAGGGGAGUUACGUGGGCGCCUGCCAGGGCUGGAGCUGGAGCGGGUGCGGCUGGGGGCCGAGACGGCCGCACUGCGGGACCAGAACCACCAGCUUGAGAGUGCCCUGGGCCGGCUGGCUGACCAGUGCCAGCUCCUGGCCCAGCUGAAGGCGACCCAGGAGGAAGAGAACCGGGCGCUGCUGGGGGAGCUGCAGCGCCUGGGCCGGGACAACCGCAAGCUGCUGGAGCGGAACAUGGAGGCGCGGGAAAAGCACCAUGAGGAGCAGCGCGAGGCCCUGGAGAAGCUGAAUGAGCUGCGCCGAGAGAAACAGAAGCUGGUGGAGAAGAUCAUGGACCAGUACCGUGUGCUGGAGCCCGCCCCGGGCCGUGGCAAGAAGAGCGGCUGGCUCACAGACCGGAUGCGGUGGCUGGUGAGGGCAAGGCGGGAGUCCCCCCGGGACCUGGUGCGGCCCCUGGCUGAGGGCAGCGGUGACUCCGAGGGGCCCAGCGGGACAAAGGGGGCUGUGCCUGAUGGCGGCCCCAGCCCCCCGCGGUCCCCGGCCCUCCCACGCCAGCGCCUGAGUUCCCGGGUGGGGAUGUCCGAAGCGGGGGCAGAGCUCGGCCCUCGCCAGCGCUUCCGCCAGCGCCCCCGGCCCCUAGGCUUUGUGGGUGGGGCCUGGGAUGGCUCUGCCCCAUGGGAGAUGCCCCUGGACACACCCACCCUGGGCCCCACCCCCGAGGAGAGAGGGCCCCCCCAGGGCGAGGAGAAGCCCCCCGCAGCGGUGGAGCCCGGCCCGUGACAGCGCCCCCCACCGCCUGGGGAGCAAGAGCCAGCGGACACGGGGCAGGGGCUGAUCCACACCCCACCCCGGGGGGCGGGCGGGGGUGCAGCGGGUUGAUAAUUUAUUUACAAUAAACAAAUCUAUGUAAAUGA